UAGUCGCCACUCUUCCACAGUCGUCGAACUCAAAACCCCUUCGCCAAACCCACUCCAGCCGUCGCCCUCCCCCGAAACCCUAGCCCGUCCUCGGUCGGCGACGAGGAUGCCAGGCAUGUUGACGGACGGCGGCGGCGCAAUUGUCCCGUUCUCGGGGGAGCCAGGCCAAGGGGCGCCGGCGCCGCCACCCGUUCGGCCCAUCCACCACGGCAUGGCCCCGCCCAUCUUCCGCGUUUACGUCUCCUGGUCGAGCGGCAAUCUCCUUCAGAUCGCGUGCCUCCGCCCGACGAAUCCUGAGGAUGGCGGCGGCGCGGAGGAGGUCGCCGGAAGAGUGGUGGAGGUGAACCUCGGCGGCGGUGGCAGUGGUGGCGCGGAGGUCGAGGAGGAAAUCGAUGAGGCGGAGAUGCGGCGGAUCGAGUAUGGGUCUGUGCCGGCCUUCGCGCUGCUGCAGAGCAGGAAGAACGCCAUCGCAUAUGCUGCCGCUAUGUCGCGCGUGCCCUCAGUCCCUGAUCACGCAGAAUGGUGGCAAUAUGUGCUCGAGUACAGCAAAACCAUUGGCAAUCUCCUUGGGAACCCAGAUUCUCCUCCUGCUUUCACGAUUGAAGACCCAAAGACAAUUCUUAAGGUCAGGGAGAAGCCCACUAGUUUAAGGGCUGCUUGGGAGCUGUUGGAGAUAUUCUAUGUUGAUAAACAGUUGCAAGGCUGGCUUCCUGAGCGUCUUGUUGAUUGGUUAGCCGAUUUUGACAGCCUCUUGUCAAAGACGGAGAACACGGUGUAUUCUAAGCUUAGCAAUUUCCAGAAAAAGCUCAUCAACUUGCAGAUUGUUGAAGAUGAUCCUGAUUACUGGAAUGGUUUGUCAUCAGCACUUUCGGUUGGAUGGCUUGAUAUUGUGGUGAAUAUGCUACGCUUCCAUGGAUCUUACCAAUUGGAUCAGAUGGAUAACCGUGAGACAGAAAAUGGAUUGGUCGAGGCUGUUGCUGUUCUUGUAUCAACAAUGCCACGCAUGAGACCAAAUUUGCCAACGGGUAAAUUAGGUCAGUGCUGCAAAACAAGACCUGAUUUUAUCAAGGCAUGGGAAAAGUGGCGAGGACAAGUAAGUAAACUGGAGUGCAGUGCAUUUUGGAUCCAGUGUGGUCAUAAAAAAACUCGUGAUGGCUUGAAGAAUUUGCUUCAUAUUAUGAUGGGGAACAUAAAGGAACCUACUGCUGCUACUUGCCAUUGGCUGGAGCUGUUUGCUUCUCAUUUUCUUUAUAUAAGGCCAUUUACAGUGGGUUUUGAAGGGAUGCACCAUUUAGCACAGAAAUGCAUGCAACUUAAGCCGUCCUCUGGCAGUAAUGGAUUAACAGGCCUCCUUAUUGGUAUCCUUUCAGAAAAUCCAGAGGUUGUCUUGGCAGAAUGCACAAAAAAUUUUGGCCCUUGGCUGGUCACACAUGCUACGGAACUGUUGACAGCUGAUAAUGAGUAUGCGGAUAUUAUGUUGCAUGAAGAGCGGCCUAACUUUGGUGGUAUAAGCAUAGAGGAACUGCACCGGCUAGUAUAUGCUCAAGUUUUGUGUUCUCAUUCUUUAACUUGGCAGAUUGCACCGACUUAUCUGUCCUCAUGUCUAAACCAAGGCUUGGGGCUCUUGGAGAUUUUACUCCUCAAGCAACCCAUACAAGAUAAUCGCCUAGUGCUCAAGACUCUGGAAAUUUGCCGUUUGUAUGAGCUGGAGAAUGUUAGUACAAACAUCAUGAAGGUUGCUGGCAUUUAUCAUUGGAAGCAUGGGCGAAAAGGGACUGGUGUUUACUGGUUGCAGCAAGCUCAUGACAAAGUUCGGCUUGACAGAAUUGCUCAACAGUUGUUCGAACACAUUGGGAAGUCGGUCACAGAUGAUAGUUUUAAGCAAUGGGAAGGGUUGCUUGAGUUACUAGGCUCUGAUAUUGGUAGUGCAGGUGGUCUUGAGUUCCUUCAUAGGUACCGGGAUUUCAAGAGGUCCCUUCAACAGGCACUAGACGGGAGAACUGGUGAGGCUGCUCGGCAAACUGUUGAGUUUCUUAUACAGCUGAUGAGAAACCCGUCUACACCGCAACGUUUCUGGCUACCCCUUCUACAUGACUCAGUGGAGCUACUUAAUUGCAAACCCAGCCCUAUAUUGAAUGUCGCUGAAACGAGCUUGUUGCUCAACAAGCUGCAAGAACUGUCAAUGGCCAAGUUGCGCCCUGACUUUUCAAGCAAUCACCUAUCAAGCCAUGCACUGAACUCCGUCAGAUUGGCUCUGGCAUCAAAUCUGGCACGUGCCAUUCUGGAAGACCCUUGAGUCCGAAUUCAGUUCAGCAGAGGACUAUGGGUAUGGCGUCCAGUUUGCUGGAGGGUUGAAAUCACGCUCCCUUGGCGCGUCCUGGCAGUUACAAUUAUCAGGCUUGAUUAAAGAUUGAGCUUGGGGUCCGCUCUGGACGAGCAGUUGUGCUAUAGAUGUAUCAUGCGUUAUAUUUUUAGCUUAGUGAUAUUCUAGAUCUCUCGCGUUUACGAAGAGAUGAUGCUGGUCAUUGUAUUUUGAAAAAAAGAACUAGCAUGUUGUUGCUUAUAAAAAAGUACCUUCGUAGCAA